GAGAGAGAAGGAGAGAGAGAGAAAGAGAAAGACAAAGACAGAUACUCGAGUAACCAAGUCGGCAGGACAUUCUCGACGGUGAUUUUCAAAGUGAGGGCGGCAGACAGAUAUGGACGACGGCGUGCAGAACGGUCUACAGUCGGAGCAGUGGUUCUCGACGUUCGAGAAAGGAGACAAGCGACCAAACUCGAUCGGUAGCGGUGCCCUACGCUUCAUUCGUACUCGCAGCAGCAUCCGAAGAGAUCUUAAGAAGCACUGCAAUCGGAACAAAUCCGGUGAUUCGUACGGAAGUGAUGCCGGAAAUAAUGGUAGUGGAGGUGGUAUAGGAAAAUGGCUGCGUGAACAUUUAGGAGGCGGUUCGAAAGGAAGCCACGAUAUUCAUUCCGCAUUACCGUCGAAAACAAAUGGAAAUCACGCGAACGUCAGCAACGAAGAGAAGUACUUUGCCAGAGCUACUAUUUGCACAUCACAAAAUCUUUACUGCAGUCUACCAAGAGAACACGGACGUCACGGUUAUAAUAGUAUACGAAAGAGCCCUCAUGGGAAUUCUUCCAAGUCUCAAGGACAGGAUAGGCCGCGAUCGAGUGGCUCUAACUAUCACGAGAAGUUCGUCGGCGGCGAUCCUGGUGGUUUGACGAGAGGUGGCCCUAUCUACGGCAGCGAGGGUAAGAGCUUGAAGAAACGAAAUCGCGAUCGACGAAGGCAUUCGCUCAACGAGCCUCACGUGCACGAUCGACAACGUCGUAGAAGGUGUAUCCCGGAUGGCGGGGACGUCGGUUACACGAUGACGGAAUUGCAACCGUCGCCACCAGGAUAUCGUGUACAGGAUGAGGCCCCAGGUCCACCUUCCUGUCCCUCGGGGACCUACAAGUAUACGAACCACGGGCAUGACAACGAGACUACCAAUUUCAAGGGUACCACGUCGUAUACUCAGGAAGGCUAUGGCCUUAAGAAGAGUCCGUCCAGGACGGUGCCGUCUAACCAAUACUAUCGUCGAAGAAACGACGGCAGGAGGUCAACGGAAAACGAACACGAAGGCAAUAACAACGUCGGCAACAAAAAGACAGCGAUUGCCGGUUACAACGAGAAUAACAAGAAAAAUACUCCGGGCUAUAAGAACGACAGCGGGUAUAGCGAGACUCUUGGAUUCGACAGUUUCACUCUUGCUCUCAACGAAAGGGACGAAGCUUCGCCACCGCCAACACCACCGGUCAGAGACGCGUCCAGUCUCAAAGGUGUCUGCUAUGGUCCAGGACACGAAAAAUAUCCAUCUUGGCCAAGCGCCCCGGAACGACAUCCUGACGAAGACAUUCACAAUUUAAGUCACAACGGAUCGCACCGCUCCAAAUCUUGGACCGAUCACACCAAUUAUCCGAAAGAGAAACCAGCUCAAUAUACCAGACCUCAUACAAAGAGACCUAAUCCAGCCUUCACUCAGCAGCUGAAAACGGUUAUGGAACGUUGUGAGAAAAUACCAGCGGAGACUUUCGAGUCGCGUAACAGAAAGAGCGUCGAGGAUGAGCCACGUUUGUGGCCUCGCGUAGAUCGCGAAGGCAAGGCAUUAGGAGACGCGGAAUACGUCGUUCCAUCGCCACCGGAAAGAGAACAACAAUCGGCUCAGACUCUUAGCCAUGCGGAUCUCGAAGCUUACGUUAGAAGCUAUCAAGAUCCUCAAGUAUCCCAGGUGGAUUUGUACAGAGAAACGGCAUUAACGCAAGCGGGUUUGGAAGAAUACACGAGGGUCCAGCAUUCGCAACAGGCCAGUUACGCACAAUCCGAAGGCUAUCACAGUUACGUUUCCAGCGUGGAUUCCACGACCAAUACACCUUUUCUCGACAGACUUCGAAGAGACAGCGAAGCCGUGGCGCAAAGAUCUACUCCUUCUUGGGAAGAUACUUCGAGAGAGGGCAGAGACAGUGUGGUGACAACGUCUAGCGGAAGUGCUUCCAGUAGUGAAACGUUAAAAUGGCACGGUUCGAUGUCCGACGUCAGCGUUUCUAGUGGUUUACCAGCGAGACAGAGUACUUCGGACAGGUGGCAUCAUGGCUCGAUGUCCGACGUCAGUAGCGUCAAUGGUGGGAUGAUGACUCAGAAAUCGAGUAACGUCUGUCAUGAGAAGUGGCAAGAUUCUAUGAGUGACGUCAGUACGAGCGGUUUAUCGCCAACGACGAAAGGAAGGCACAGUGAAAAGUGGCCGGACAAAUGGCAGGCUUCUAUGAACGAUCGAAAUAAACAAGCACAGACUAGAGCGAGUUUACCAGCAGUUAUAGGACACUGCGUGGCUUCUGCCUCUGUCGGAGACAUUUGUCAAUCAUCGACCGUUCGAGACAGCAAUUGGCAAGAAUCUAGUAUCGACGAAGAUUCUCUUGAUAGAUCGCAAAGUAACCAUCCGUGGGAUGGUUCUGUUACAUUGGACGGUGAUAAAUAUAGAUCGGUCUCUCAACCCAUGCCGCAAAGUCCAACCAGACAAGUUGUGCCUACGAGUCCACAAAGUCCUGACGGAUGGGAUCCUCUUCAUGGAUCCAUGUCCGAUGUUAGCCAAUCGAACGGCGUACAGUGCAACAAACAGUUAAUCGCUUAUAGCGCUAGGGUACAGACACCGCAACGACAUCUUUCAGAGAGUGUAUUGUACUUGGAUCGCGAACGUAAUCAACGAAAAUUGUAUCCAAUUAGUACUACACAGCCGCAGGAAUCACCACAAUCUUCUAGAAUGGCACCCACAUCACCGCAGCAAUCUCCAUUGUCGGUAGCUGAACGUAUAAGCGAGUUGGAGAAACAACAACAGCAGCAACAACAGAUGCGUUAUACAUAUUUGGAUCCUGAGAAACGACACAGAGUUUCUGAUCCGACUUUGAAAGCUAUUCAGAAGAAAGCACUAUUAUCUUUUUACGAAAGACAUCAUCAAGCGUCCUGGAGAUCAGAACCGCAAUUAGCUCAAGGCUCAGGGACCUCUCCGCAGAGUCCUCCGCCGCAACCGCCACCACGACCUAGACCAUCCUCGUCGAGACGUGCCAGUUCUGCGUCUGAUUAUGCGAGUGGCACGUGGAGAGAGAAUUCUGGUAGAGGACAAAAUCAAGGAAAUUCAGAUCUACCGAGUCCUAAGCAUCAGCAUAGUAACAGUUGCGGCAGUCUUUCUACAGAUUUAUUGGGUCCAGUUAUUGUUGGACCUGCUAUAUCCAUCGACGAUUGGGUUCCAGAAAGACCACCCAAGAAACCUCAUCUUAGGAAUGUUUACAACGACCGCGUUCCUAGUCCUGAUUUACCACCACCGUCGCCGCCGACAGUGACAGAAAGCGAGGUCCAUGAAUGUGACGAUCCUUUACCACCUCCACCACCCGAACUCAGCGAAGAUUGUUAUCCAGAUAGUACACGAAAAACCAGUUCGGCUCACCAUCAACUCGAGGAAGGAAAGAUACAUCGCGAGAGAUCCUGCGAGCGACAUAAGUCGGAAAGACAUUCGAUGAGAAGAUCGAAACAUAGCAGCAAACGAGAUCUCGAUAAAACAUCUGGCAAAUCCUCACCGAAUUCUCCGACAACGAAAAUCUCUUCGCAGGAACAAGAUCAGCAUCAAUUUGUAAGAACCCCAACGACGCUGAAACACGUAGAUACCGAAAUGGUCCAUGAAAAUGGCAUUUCCCCGGGUUUUGCCACUCACAGAAUGAUGACAACUGGUCGUUCGAGUUUGAGAUAUCCUUCUACUCAAAAACUUAUGGUAAACGGAAGAAUAGCCAGUACGAGAAGAAUAUCCGAAGAAAGACCGUUCACAGCUAGACCACCUGCGCAAUUACCCGAUCUCAUAUCUCAGCGUUAUAGCGAUUCUGGAAAUCAACGACCAGCUCCUCAAGUUCCUGUUGAACCACGUAUCAUUCGACAAGAAUCGAUGAGAGUCGAAAGCACGAGGAUCGAUGCAUCUGGAUUACUACGCAACGAUUCUGGUCAGAGAUUGGAAUCAUCAUCGGGACAGAGGCCGCAGCCUCAAGUACCUAAGAAUACCGAUAAAAAUGGUUCGACGAAUCAAUCGAAUCAUCAACAAUCAAGACCAAAUUAUUUACCUGUGCCGGAGAAUUCCAAAAGUCAUGGCUUUUCUAUCGGCAGUCCCGUUAACAUGGGAUACGAGCUUGGUUCAAAACUUUAUUCCCCAGAAGCCAGCCCACAGAAAUAUCACGAACCACCGAAAUACAUGUCCAAUCAUUAUUCUCGUCACAGCGACACACCGCAAAGAAACUAUUACGCUCUACCACCGAAAUAUAUCGACGCGCCGAAACAAAAACCACAGCCUCAGUGUCCUACGGAUCGGUACAGCGCUUCCUCGCCCAGUUCUCCACCUCCACCUUUAGCUCCGAGACAAAAUACACCUGGAAGGAAAUCCUUGCCACCACCUCCAAGGCCAGCUCCGCCUCACGCUAUUCAAGGAAGCCAAUCAAAGGCUUCUUACUUGGCGUAUAGAAGAGAACGUGGCGCCCCUGAUAGCGAGGGUAGCUACAAAAGAACGAUGUCUCCGACCUCUCGUUUAGAAGAUUGGCCACCUCCACGGGAUCACGAUGAUCCGGUUCUGCUACGUGUCACGCCACACCAUCCAUUACAGCACCAUCAUCAUCAUCAUCAUAAUAGUCAUCAACAACAACAGCAACAACAACAAUCACACGAACUUGCCAAAUCCCAUAGUGUCGAUGCUCUUCAUCAUCGACUAGAAGAAAAAGCGAACCAACAGCAUCAACACUCCGUCGAAUCGAUUGGAAAAUUAUCUCACGAACUAACUAAGAAACUUCAAAUCACUGACGCUAGAACACGUACCAAUGAGAACAACAACAAUGACAACCUAGAGGAUCGACAUCAUCAUCAUCACCAUCAUCAUCACCAAGAGAAAAGAUAUCAGGAAAAGAGGCACGAUUAUGAGCAACGAAGAGAACGAUUGUCUCCCCAAAGCGUCGAGGUUCUCAACGAUAGAAACAGACAAUUGGAACGAGAACGUAGAAAAUUAGCUGCCAGUUGCGAGCCCUUGUCAGAAAACAGAGAGAAACAACUUCGUAAUGUGGACAGUGGUUCUCAACCAGCAGUCGGUGAGGAUUUCUUCCGCGAAAGAAGCGCAACGAUCGAAAUGACCUCGCAAAAUAUCGAAUUACUGAACCGUAGGAACGAGAAACGAUCCAAUGGAGGAAGUACGUCGACCGGUACAAUGUGCUCGUACACGGUAAGCACGACGACCUCCUCGAUGACUACUACGAUUACCAACAUGACGGGUAAUUGCUGGUCGAGAGGACAGGAAAAUGUUGUCGUUCAGAAAGCGGUAGAAUCGAUGUCUCAUCAUGACAAACCACCACCGCCAAGUAGUUCACCACCAAGAUCUCCGGAAAGAGGAAGUCCAAGAGGAGCAAUCCCACGAAGAUCCGGAAGCUGUUCGAGCUCCUCCUCUUCCGGUAGAUCGACCGAUCCCACGUCAUCUCCUCGAAUCUUGACUUAUGGAACACCAACCAAGAGUACACCGAAUUCCCCAACUAGAGAGGAAGGCUCCACCGAUCAAAGGAAAGUUUCGAGUCCAACUCAAACGGACAGUACAGUCUCUUGGAACGGAUCCAAUUCUGCUGGUCAAUCAUCGAAUCAGCGUUCGUGCCAAACGAGAGAAACCGAGAAUCCUAGAACAGAGAGAACGGAGAGAUCGUCCAGUAGUUCAAAAUCAAGAUCGACGGGAAGUAGAUUCUCUUCGAAUUCCUCUUCGUCUUCGUCUUCGUCUUCGUCUUCAUCAUCAUCGUCCUCAUCGUCGUCAUCCUCGAUCUCAAGUGUAUCCAAAUCCUCUGCCUCGUCCUCACCUAGAAACUCACCCGUCGAUGAACAAGAUAAGAAACCUUCAUCAUCAACCACUUCUCCUUGCGUCUCUCCUCAACCUGGCAUUGAAGGCUUGACUUUGGUACAACGUACCGAAGUAGUUCUCAGAGUUAACGCGGCUACCAGUGACGCGGCAUCACAGACCGAUCUCAUGGAACAAACCGCAGAACAAAACGUUGUCAAACAAGAGGAACCUCUUCUACCGGAACCGAGGAAAAAAUUACCGGAGGAGAUCGAGUGCGAAGAACUCAGCAGAGAUCUCGCCAGUCAACUAAGUCCAAACGACAAAUUGGUCCCCAUUCUAGUUCCAGUGCCGGAGCACAAGAAACCCACCGACUACGUUUCCGGUCUCUUUAGGGUGGAAGCGACCUUGCAGUCAAGACCGAGGCAGCGACUCUCCCUUGAGGAGUCGAUGGCCUCUUGCGUUGUAAAUGCAGAUGACGAUGAGAAAAAACACGAAAGUAUACCUUCGGUUCCUGUAACCCCAUCGUCAGCUGAUCCGAGCAGCCCGCUUUCAUCCACUUCGACAUAUUUCACGACGUCCGAAGGUAAAGCGAGGUUUCUGACGAGAUAUUCUCGAGACGUUAGUGUCGAUGAUUCAACGAGAUCGGAAGAUACGACGGCAGUCGUUACAGCGGAUAAUUCGGAUCUCAGAAAGAAGAAGGAAGAGCUCGUGAUGCGAUUGGACAAGAAACUGGUUGUCCUAAGGGCUGAACAAGAGGCUGUUAAAGAGGAGGGAGAUAUAAACGAAGCCCUCGGUGCUCGCGUAGCUAUGCGUAUUUCCGCCGCAGCUAGACCAGCUGAAGCGUCCAAGUAUCGACUUCACGUUGAGGAAGUUGGCAAGAUUACUAGCCUUCUUCUUAGUCUUAGUGGAAGAUUGGCUCGUGCUGAGAACGCCCUUUAUGGUAUGCCGGCCGAUCACGCGGAGAGAAAAAUACUAGAGGGCAAGAGAGAUAAGCUGAUAGAUCAGCUGGAAGAAGCCAAGGUUCUGAAGACGAAUAUCGAUAAGCGCAGCAUCAACGUUUCAGCGAUCCUUUCAAAAUAUUUAAACGACGAGGAAUUUGCCGAUUAUCAACAUUUUAUCAACAUGAAAGCUAAGCUAAUAAUGGAUACCCGUGAGAUUCAAGACAAAGUGAAGCUCGGUGAGGAACAGUUGGCUGCAUUGAAGGAAGCUAUCGAUUAAAUCGAUUAAUAACGACGAUGAACUUUAAUGGAGACGUGUACGAAAUUAAAAUAAUAUUUUAAGUAAGAUAUUCGUAAAGUAUAACGAUCGUAUUUAAAAGUCGCGAUUAGUACUCGAAUAUUUCUUGAGAAUAUUAAUGAACGAGACUCCUCAUUCAUCGUCUAUGCGAUGCCGAAUCGAAGUCUGAACCUAUGAACUUGUAAGGAAAACAACGUGAACGAGCAAAGAUCAAUCAUAUUAUUAAUUAUUGAUCAUAUCAAUUGCAAUGCAUAGAUAUAUAACGGCUAUACAUGUAUAUAUACAUACUUAUUCCUCCUGCGUAUAGAUAUGUUUGAUCUAAAAAAAAAAAAAAAGAAGAAGAAGAAAGAAAAAAAAAUAAUAAUAAUUCUUUUUAAAAAUUUUCGAAGUUUCUUUCUCACGUAAACAAGGCAGAGAAACUUUUAUAUAAGAAAUUUUUAUAAAACAAUGGAGUCAUACAAUUAUAUAUCGAGUCACACAUUGCAUAAAAAAUUUAAUGACGAGUAUAAUUUUUGCCCAUUUAAUUUUGUCAACUUUCUUUGAUAAAAUAACAAGAAUAAAACAUUGUAACGAUCGUUUCACAUUUUCCUUAUUAAUUUAGGUUCGGACUAAAUCUCUAUGAUCUUCGAGAGCCAAGUGCCUAUGCUCAAGUGCCGCCUAGUCCUUUUUAAGAUUACACGUCGAUCUUCUCCCCGUGUUCCCUGGUGAUCCGCUCUAGGAAUAAUAUUUCUCUUAACUUUAUUAAACGAUAAGUUUAUUAGAGGGUAACAUGAGGAUAAACAAAAGGAAAGAAAAAAAAAAAGAGAAAAAGAAAAAAGAUACACGGGAAGCUUCUUCUUUAGAUCUCGCCUCGAGGAGAAAGCGACAUCGUAAUCGCACGAAAGUGAUACGAGAAAAAAGAAAGAAAAAAAAAAAAGAA